CUUCCGAUUCGCAAUGGCGUCCAAGGCCAUGUGGGAGGUUGAUCCCGAGACUCGGUCCAAGCUGGCCGCGCUGCAAAAGGAAUCCAAGAACAACGUCUGCUGCGACUGCAAUGCCCCGUCGCCGCAGUGGGCGUCGCCCAAGUUCGGCAUCUUCAUCUGCCUGACGUGCGCCGGCGUCCACCGCGGGCUCGGCGUCCACAUCUCCUUCGUCCGUAGCAUAUCCAUGGACGCCUUCAAGGCCAACGAGAUCGAGCGCAUGCGCCUGGGCGGCAACGAGGGCUGGAGGAAGUUUUUCGAGGAGCACGAGGACACGCAGAUGAGGGGCCUCACCUGGGACGAUGCCACCAUUGCCGAACGAUACAGCGGCGAAGUCGGCGAGGAGUGGAAGGAGAGGCUGUCGUGCAAGGUCGAGGGGAGGGAAUACGUGCCGGGCGAGAAGAGGCCCGUAACCUCUGCUGCUGCUACUGCUGCUGCACAGUCUCCCGCGAAGCAGGGUUCGCGCACGACUACUCCCCUGGGCGGAUCCGCGAACCGAAGCCAGAGCCCUGCCCAGCAGGGCGGAAAGGUCAAAGUGGACGACAGGUACUUUGCCCGGUUGGGCGCGGACAACGCUUCGCGACCAGAUGACCUGCCGCCAAGCCAGGGCGGGAAAUACGCCGGCUUCGGGAACACACCUGCGCCCGACAAGUCGAGCCAGGGGGGGAUGCUGCCGCUGUUUGACGAUGUCCAAAAGGAUCCCAUGGGCGCCCUCACCAAGGGCUUUGGCUGGUUCGCCUCUACCGUCACAAAGACGGCCAAGACGGUCAAUGAUGGGUACAUUCAGCCC